AUGAAGUACCCUUUUGGAUUAGAAGUCUGGAACAUCUUUGGGAUCGAACUACCUCCAACUGGAAAUCUAUCCUUCAAUGCUUGGUUCCUUACCUUAAUUGAUCUAUUGGAGCCGAAUGUAUUGUGUUUAAGUCUGACGUUGGUUUGGGCAUUGUGGUUCAACAGGCAUAGAGCUCGAUUGGAGGAGGAAACCCAAACUCCUGUCCAAAUUGUGGACCUUCCCACCAGUUACUUAGACCAAUUUAGAGCAAGCAGAAUCCUCAAAAUCUUACUUGCAUACCUAUACAAUGUUUCAAGUUUCGAUUAA